AUGCCGUCCCCCAACACUCAACUAUCACCAUCUGCUACACCCUCGCCCCAAGAGAAGCUCACCAAUGCGGCCUCAACCAAUGGAGUCAUUAGAGCGACGAAGGAUGAGUUGCGCAAUGGCUUCGAACCCAAUGGUGUUGCACAAGGAAUCCAGUCUGCGGAGCCAAUGCAGGAAAGGAAGCAAAAGGCAAAAGCCAUCAUGGCGGCUUCAGGUCUCUCCGCGGCAACUGAUGGAGCAGUUAUUUUAGAGAAGUCCGACGCAGCUAACGGGUCCGCCACGAUACCAAAUGGCAUGGUGCAGACCAGGAAACGUUCCCGAUCCGGCACGCGAAUCCUCAGAUCACCAAGGUGUCGAAACAAUGACAGGAUAUUGAAGCCAAGGGGUCCCAAUGACCCAAAUGCCGAGGGGCUCGAAAAUGUCGAGUUGCACCAAUACGUCAAUCGCACCCUAAUCCACACUGACGCAAGGAUGUAUGAUGGCAUAGAGAUGGAUAAACUACACGACUUCAAAAGGGAUGAGGCGGACUUUUACAUGGCUCUACGCGGUCUUGAUGCCGAGCAGGUCAGAGAAGGGAAACAGGCUUACCUAGACCUUCAUAGGGAGGCGCGACCGAAAUGGUUGGAUCCACCAGUCACCAACUUGAUCAACCCAGCUGCCAUCUAUGGUCCUGGCUAUGGUCAGUAUGGGAAAUUCGGGAACGGCAUCAAUCAAGGAAAGGGCACGACUCUUGUCUAUCCUGCUCAACGCAAGCGAGCUGGCGGAAAGAAGACCCGGGAGUUACGUGUGCCGAGGAAGGAACUUGCGAAACAGUCAGAGCAGCUUGAUGAGCUCGUGCCCAUUAGGUUAGAUAUCGAGUGGGACAAGAUAAGACUUCGGGAUACUUUUACCUGGAACCUGCACGAUAGAGUGACACCUCCUGAUUUGUUCGCACAACAGCUUGUCGAGGACUUCAAGCUGCCCCUCGAACAAUGCGGACCUCUAGUGCAACAAGUCAGCGCGAGCCUUAAGGAACAAAUACAGGAUUAUCAUCCUCAUAUAUUCAUUGAAGAAGAGGCGCUGGACCCUCAUCUGCCAUAUAAUGCAUACAAGGAUGACGAGAUGCGGAUAACGAUAAAACUUAAUAUCACUAUUGGCGCGCACACACUUGUGGACCAGUUUGAGUGGGAGAUCAAUAGUCCCUUGAACUCUCCGGAGCUGUUUGCAGAACAAAUGACUCGGGAUCUUUCCUUGGCCGGCGAAUUCACAACAGCAAUAGCACAUUCAAUUCGAGAACAAAGCCAGCUCUUUACUCGCAGUCUCUUCGUAACAGGUCACCCUUUCGAUGGACGGCCCGUCGAGGACCAGGAACUGAAAGCCGGCUUUUUACCAUCCCCGAUGCAGUCGCCGUUCCGUCCCUAUCAAGCAGCCAAGGAAUUCACCCCUUAUCUUUAUGAACUUAACGAAGUAGAAUUAGAAAAGACGGAACUUUCACUUUCAAGAGAAGAGCGCCGGCAGAAGCGAUCAGUCAACCGACGUGGUGGGCCUGCUUUGCCAGAUUUGAAAGAUCGUCGGCGGACAAUACGAACCUUGGUCGUAUCAUCAGUCCUUCCAGGUGCAGCAGAGACUCUGGAGGGUAGUAUGAUAUUCAAGCGAACUGCUGCUGCUUCCGGAAAAGGUCGGCGUCCUGGCUAUGGUCAAAAAGACGGAAUUGACGAUUCGGAUGAGUCGGAUAGUGAUGAGUCAGCUCCAGAUUCACCUGCAAUUCCAGCACACUUGCUUGCUGGUACUGCACGCACAAGGGGAAUGAGAGGCGCAGCAACUGUAGCCCAAGCCGCUAUGCGAGGCGCACUAGGGCGCUCUGCAACCCCUGAAACAACGAUACUACAUCACCACGAGACACGAACCUCAGGUCGCAGGUUUGGUGGCAAAGACUACCGGGAAGAGAGCGUCGACGAUACGCCACCUUCGCUCAUCGUCAAGCUUCGGAUUCAUCGCGAUCGAUUGAGGCAAUUCAUGCGAGAUCAAAAGGGCAGAAGUAAACCUACGCCUCUUGAACAGUCGUCUCAUCAACGGUCCUCGAGUGCAACACCUGGACGAGGCACCCCAGCUCCUGGCACAAUGGGGCCGCCCACGACACCCGGUGUACAACAGCACCAGCAGACACGUCAGCAUGGCAGCCCAGCCGAACAGAGAGAUGGAGUCAACCCUCUCCAUCCUCACGCGGCACAAACUGGGCGGGUGGACGCUGUCGGUCCACCCACCCCGGAGCACCCCAUGCCUGAUCCACCCUCCUGGCUUCACCAAGCCCUAUCGAAGCUUCAGAUCACAUACCCUGAUGACCUCUUCGAGGGUACGAUGCGCUACACUGCAGUCUCGACAGUGACGGACAUGCCCAUUAGCCUAAGGCCUAACGGGCCCAACGAGCCUUCGCCGCCAGAUACGAAAUUCAUGUAUUACCCAAGGAUCAAGUGCCUCGAUUGUCCGGGAAAGCUGUACACCCCAGGUCCUGAGACAGGUGUGAACAAUUUUGAGGUACACCUGAAGAAUCGUUUGCAUCGGGAUAAGGUUGAAAAGAGAGUCAGAGAGGGGGGAAGAAGUGUUGGGCCUGACGGCACGAAGCCUAGAUGA